CCUGCAGCUGCGUCCAUGGCCGGGCGGCGGUGCGGGGGCUCCGGCUCCUUCCUGGCGCUGGCGCUGCUGUGGCUGGCGCUGCCGCGCGGCGGAACUGCUGCCCGGGCGGGCGGGGGCGGGGGCCGUCGCGCGCCCGAGCCCGGGGUCGCCCCCUUGCUUUGCAACGUCAGCCUGGACAGCGCCCCCGAGCUCCGCUGGGCCCCGGCGGCCCGGCAUUUCGACCCGGCGUUCAUGCGCGCCGUCACCUACCGGAUCAUCGAUAAAGCAAUCCCCAAAUGGGUUCAUGCUGUUAUUCGACCUAUAGCAGAAGAAAUAGAAUCCUAUGUCCCCCAGCCUUACAGAGGAGAGAUUCAGGGGCUUUCUGAAGCCUUGGGGAUUAACGUUGGGGAUGGGCUGCUGCUCAAUCUGGCCUACGAAUUCACUGCAUUCUGCACCAGUAUCAUUGCUGAAGAUAAACAAGGAAAUAUAUAUCAUGGUCGGAAUAUGGAUUAUGAUUUUGGAGAUAUUUUACGCAAGAUUACCAUUGAUGUGGAUUUUAUCAAGAACGGGCAGGUAAAAUUCAAAGGCACUACCUUCUUGGGUUACGUUGGUUUAUGGACGGGGCAAAGUCCACACAAGUUUUCAAUCUCUGGGAAUGAGCGUGAUGUUGGCUACUGGUGGGAGAAUGCCAUAGCAGCCUUCUUGGCUCGAUAUACUCCAGCCAGCUGGCUUAUCAGAACUGUUCUAAGUGAAGCGGAAGAUUUUGACACAGCUAUUCUUAUGCUCUCCAAAACACCCAUUAUAGCAGAUGUUUAUUAUAUAAUUGGAGGUGUAACAUCAAGAGAAGGUGCUGUUAUUACAAGAAAGAGAAGAGGCCCAGUAGAUAUUUGGCCCUUGGAUCCUUUAACUGGGGGGUGGUACCGAGUGGAGACCAACUAUGAUCACUGGAGAAACCCACCGCCUUUUGACAACCGAAGAACUCCAGCUAUUAAAGCACUAAAUGCAACAGGACAGGAAAAUAUUAAUCUUAAUUCCCUCUUUAAGGUGUUAUCAGUAGAACCUGUAUUAAACAAUAUCACCAUUUAUACCACUGUGAUGAGUAACACAGCUCCAGACAAGUAUAAGACUCGGAUCAGGACACUGGAAUGAAAAUGCAAAAUGAAGGAAUGCCGGUCUUCAAAAACACAAAGGCAGGGGCUGUGUUUAUGAACUGUGGAUGCAAAGCACAAAUUGAUGUAUAGUAUUCUCUUCAGAAUCGCCAUUUCCAAAAGAAAGAGAAAGAAA